AAACGCCUACUGAGAUCUUCCAGACCUUUAUUUUCUUGCUUCUCUUCUCAUUUUUUGGAGCUAGAAAGAAACAAACAGGAAGAUCUUCCAAAAGAGUUUGGAGUCAUGAAUGCAAGCGGAAUUUCCCACACUUGAUUUCAAAACUGUCUUUUCCCAAAUAUUUGUUAGUGGUUGAUCAUUAAACACAACCUGAAACUGGGAAGAAUUCUAGAGAAAAGGCUUUCUCUGAUAUACAGAUAGCUCUUCACUAUGAAACCAUUGUCCCCUCUGGUGUUCAUUUUAUCCUUUUUACUUUGUGCUUUUGGACAAAAGCAAGAGACAGACCUGGUAGAAGAAUGUGUGAACAAGAGCUAUACUCAGAAUUCCUGUGCAAAGAUUUUCUGCCAUCCAUGGCAGAGGUGUGUAAAAGGGACCUGUCUCUGUAAGCUGCCCUACCAAUGCCCCAAAAAUGGGACAUCAGUUUGUACGACCGACAAGGCAACUUUCCGAACUUACUGCCAGCUGAAAAGCUAUGAAUGCCAACGUAAAAAGGGCAAGUUUAUGCACAGAGGAAGCUGCAACCUUCAAGAGACUUUUAGAGUUCUUUUGGAACCUAAAAAUACAUCUUCAGAAGGAAUUGUUCAAGUCGAAUUGAAAGACUCUGAGAAGGCAUUUAUAUGUGGAGAAGGAUGGGGUAUACAAGAGGCCAACGUAGCCUGCAAGGAGCUUAACUUUCCAGAAGGGGCUGAUCGCAUAGAACUUAUUAAUCCAGAUAAUGCCUCAAAGCCACUGGAAUGCCUUAAGGCAACUUGCAGAGGGAUAGAGACCAGUUUGGCUGAGUGUGCUGUAAGUCGGUUGAAUCAAAGUGAUGUGAAGUUGGCAAAGGUGGCGUGCCACACACGGCAUAAAGAAUGUUCCCGCAGUGAAUUCCGUUGCGUCAAUAGCAAAUGCAUCCCUUUAGAUAAAACAUGUGAUGGAAUCAAUGAUUGCGGUGACUUAAGUGAUGAAGUAUGUUGCAAAGCAUGCAAAGGAGACAGCUUCCACUGCAAUUCAGGUGUGUGCAUUCCAAACAAACUCCGCUGUAACAACGAAAGGGAUUGCCUAACAGGAGAAGAUGAAAGUCACCAAUUGUGUAAUGGAAGACAUGCGGAAAAUGAAAAAGAAGAAACAGAACAAGCUGAAUACUCAAUGGAUGAAGAAAGAAGAAAGAUCAAAACCUUUUUACCACAACUGCACUGUGGCAUAGCAAACCGCACUGUUACUCGCCGGAAACGAAUCCUAGGAGGAAAUACUGCACAAAAGGAUGAAUUUCCCUGGCAAGUAGCAAUUAGAGGUGAAAGAGAAAGAGUGAGUUGUGGAGGGGUUUAUAUUGGAGGCUGCUGGGUUUUGACUGCAGCACAUUGUGUGAGAGCAAGUCGUACACAUGUGUAUAAGAUAUUUACUGGAAUGUUGAAUUCAGUAAGAACAAAUGAUGGAAUAGAAACAUUUUAUUUAAAAAGAAUUAUAAUCCAUGAAAACUAUAAUUCCAAAACGUAUGAAAAUGACAUUGCGUUGCUGGAGUUGAGACCCAAGGACCUGGGAAGAUGUCAGCCACCCAAUUCUGUGCCCGUAUGCAUCCCUUGGUCACGAUAUAUGUUCAGAAGCGGUCAUCAGUGCAAAGUGUCUGGCUGGGGAUUUGAUGAAGCUUUUACAAGACAAUAUGCCCUUAAGUGGGGGUAUGUUUAUUUAAUGGAAAACUGUUCGGCCAUCUACAAAAACCGUUAUUUUGAAGGAAUGGAAUGUGCAGGUACACAUGAUGGCUCUGUAGAUUCUUGUAAAGGUGACUCAGGUGGACCUUUGGUUUGUUUUGACUCUGACAAUGUGGGAUAUCUUUGGGGUAUUGUGAGCUGGGGUGAGAAUUGUGGCGUCAAGGGCUACCCUGGUGUUUAUACAAAAGUGGCUGAUUAUUUUGAUUGGAUUGGCUUUCAUACUGGAAUUUCUCUCAUUACUCGAUAUAACGUGUGAUUUUGGGAAUGAAAGUAAAUCCAAUGGACCACAAUAAAACAUUAAAAACGUAUACAGCAUUCAACCUUAAUCUAAUAACAGUUAAGCCCUAUCUGCUCCAAUGAGAGACACAUAUAGCACAAUCUUAUAUGUUUAUUCAGAAGUAAGUUGUGAUAGAGUUAGCAAGGCUUACCUCUAAAUAAGCAUGUAUAAAAUUGUGGGUUUAUGCCUACUAAAAUAAUAUGAUGUAAAGUGAUUAACUCUACCUGGAUUGUGCCACAGAAUAUUACCAGUUAUGACUCAGUCCAUUUUUCAUUUAAAUUCUGAUGACCUUCUUUAAAGGGGGCAAAUUCUGAUGGCCUUCUAUAAAGGUCCAUAUUGUUGUACGUUAGAUGUUAAAUCUGAAUAAAAGCACUGCAUACACCAAUGAAAA